AUGAGCAAACAACAACAAUGCAUUAGUAGUAAGUUUGGUGAAGAAACUCCCGGUGGUUAUCCGUCACGAUGGUCAGCUGCUGAACUGAAAGAACGUCAAUCAAACAUUUCGGUUUAUUCACGUAUUUUCGAAGAAUAUACUGAUGCCGAGCAUUUUCUUGAAUUUACCUAUAAAACAGCUUCAAUUCUGUUGGAAACAAAAGCUGCCUCGUUCGUAUUUGCUCUAUCACUUAUUUUACCGUUGAUUAUGAUUGGAGUUGGAAUCUCAAACUUAGAAGAGUGUCCAUUAGAUCGAAAUAUACCUGUGUUCGUACUCGUGGGUGGAGCUAUAGCUUCAUUGAAACUACUACAAGUUCUCUGGAAACAAUACAAUCGUCGUCGGGGACCGGGAGAAGAAGAGGCAACAGAUACUCACAACGGUUCGAUAUUCAUGGACGUAUUAACAACUUUAAUACUAAUCGUUUGGUUUCUUUAUGGCAAUCAUAUAAUCUAUCGUUAUCGUAUACCACGUUUUGAACAAACAACCGAAGAUCCUGAACAUUGGUGUACGAAAAAUGUCUAUAUGUUAACUAUCAUUAGCGUCGCUUACACAUAUGCACUUGUAACAUUAAUACUUUUUAUUCUUCUCAUCGUUGUUUGUACUGUUCAUUUUCAAAAUGGUCGUCAAGCCAUCCAAGAAACAGAUGACGCUGAAUGCACAUGA